AUGCAUAGUUUACAACCAACUCAAACAACAUGGCAACAUCAAGUAUCACUUUGGUCUGAAAUAAUUUUAGCAUAUUGUAAACAUCAUAAAUUAUAUCGUCUUGAAUUAUAUGAAUCUUUGAAUAAUGAAUUAUUUAAUAAUCAAAGUAUUAAACGCAGAUUGAAAAUUGAAACUUUACAAGCAAUCAUUGAUACAAUGGUUAAACAAGGUGAUGCAGAAUGGGAUCAAUCAUCUAAAAAAACAGUUGCGCUAAUUUAUUGGAGAAAACCUGAAGAAUGGGCAACAUUAAUUAAUAAUUGGGUUUUUGAAACUGGGAUGACGAAUUCUAUACUAACGAUAUAUGAGAUUGCACAUGGGGACACUACUGAAGGAUUAGAAUUCCAUGAAUUAGAUCAAUCAAUACUAUUGAAAGCAUUAGAAUUAUUGGUAAAAAAAGGUUCGGCUCAAAUAUUUCAAGGGACAAAUGCUGAAGAUAUGGGAUGA